UUCAAAUGAGCCGAAAAGACCUCCAAGAAAAUUACAACCCCCAGCCUUAUCUAUGUUCAUGUGUAAGCUUCUCCUCUAACCACUAUACCUACCAAAUACCCCAAAAAACCAAUUAUGAGCCCCAAAAACACCAACAACAACAAACACAAAACACCAAUCUUGAAAUACCCCAAAAAACAAACCCUAACCUAACCCCAUAUAUCACCAUCUUUUCCAAAGCCCCAAGAUUCAAUCUUUUUCAAAUUUUCUUGAUACCCCUUUUCUACUUUUUUGUGUUCUUGUGUAUGUUUUUAUAUAAAGAAAGGUAGGGACUAAAGAAAAGAAAAUAUUGUUUGUGACAAUGGACUCAAAGAUUUAUGGUGUUCCACUUUCCACAAUACAAGGGACCCCACCUCCUGCAAAGGUCCCUCUUUUUACAGGUAUUAGAGCUCCUCUUACUGUUGAUGAUUCUGACUUUGAAUACUCUAAUGGACAAAAGAAUACUAGUUCCACAAGCAGUUAUUAUGGUAGUGACACUGGUUUUGAGUCUGAAGGUUUUGUUAGCGGUGAGGAUGAUUUUGAGACUGCUUCUGAGAGGCUAUUUUUGUCUGACCCUGAUGAGCAAAAUCUUGAAAAAACUCAUUUUGUUAACCAAUUUGUUGUUUCUAGACCAUUUGUGAAAACCCCAGAUGAAGAAACUGGUAGCAGUGUGGGUGAAUAUGAUGACUCUAGGUCUUCUUUAACUGACCCUUAUGCAGAAACCAUUGAGGGACUAGAUAGUAAUGGCGAAUAUAUUGAUAGACCUUUUGUAAAAGAUAGGGAAAUUGUUGAAGGACUUGAUAGUAUUGAUGAAUAUAGUGAUAGGCCUUUUGUUGUGGAUGGGGAGAAUGAGGUGGUAGCUACAGGAACAUCAUUGGAGGGGUCUGAUAAAGAUGUUUCCUUUGCUGGAACUGCUGUUGUUGAUAGUGCGAUUCCUUUGAUUCCAACUCGAGGCAUUCGUGCACAGUUGUCUUGGGACAGUGAAGAUGAGUACUUGAGCACCGGUUUGCCGGAAGAGAAUGAUGUUCUUGGUGCCAUUAGAAUUCCAAAUGCUUUGGUGUUGGAGAGGUUAGAUUGUGCCCCUAAAGUUAGAAUCUCAGAUGUUUCGGAUGGCGAGGAGGGUGAAUUAGAGCUUGCAAAUGUGAUAAAAUCUGGAAUGGCAGAGGACUUGAUCUUGACUAAAGCAGAGGAUAAAGCUGAAAGUGACACUGUUCAGAAUCUUAUAACGGAGGGAGGUGAUGCCGAUGGUACUUUUGAAGGAGGAGAAGUUGUGUAUCAGGUUGCAAGUAAAGUAUCUAUUUUGUUGGAACAAGAGUUAGACAAUGACGAAAAGCUUUUGACAGAAGCAAGUCAAAUUCUUGAUAGUAAUGCAGAGCCAAAAAGUGCAGAUUUGUUUCGUGAUGUUAAGCCUUUUGAUACUACUUACAACAGCCCAAGGGAAGAAAAUAGAGUAUCAAACUUUGAAGCUGAUGAAUUGAACUGUGGAAACAGCGUUGUCUUGCUUACUGGAGCUUCGGGGAACAGUCAGAAUUUAGCGAGUAAGGAGGAAGAGAUUUAUCAAGGAAGUGAUCGUCAGGAUAUUGCCACUAAAACUGAAACUGAAGCUGAAUCUUAUCAUAAACCCACUGAGAAUAGUGAAGUAGAGAGCUUGGAAUGCACUGAAACUUCUGUACCACCGGCACCUGAAGAACAGGUAUAUUCUAGUCCUAGCUCUUCAUCAGAUGUAACUUGGUCCUCCACAGUGGAAGAUGACGUGACAAAGUUAUCAGAUAAAGCACAACACACAGAGGAUUGUUUAAAUCCAGACUACUUAGAAACCAGCUGCAAAGACUUUGAUCCUGUCAAAUUGUUCAAAAAUGAAGAAGUCUCACUCUUACGUGAAAAUGAUGAAUGUUUGACCUUUGAACGAUCAGAUGAUAUGAAACUUAUCAUUGAUCAGUUGGACCAACGAAUAGCCACGGCCGACUAUGAUGGAGAGGUGUCUCGGGGUCAUUUACCAAAGGUUGAUGGUGAGAUUGUGACAGACUCAGAUGAGGAGGUAGACACAGGCAGAGAAAGUGAAGGGAAAGAGAUGUUUGAUGCAGAAGCACUGGCAGCGCUGCUGAUGGCUGCUGCCGGUGUUGGACCUGAAGGUAGAAAUGUUACAAUUCCAUCUGCUGAUGGUACACGGGUUUUUUCUCUGGAGCUACCUAGGAGCUCGGGAUCCACAUUUCACUCAUCUCGACCUGCUCAGCCAACCAAUGCAGAUAGUCUCACCCUAUCCGAGAAUAAGACUGAAGGUAUAUCAGAAGAAAUUUUGAGUGAAGAAGAAACAAAGAAACUUGAGAAAUUACAACAGUUAAGAGUGAAAUAUUUGCGGCUCAUCCACAAGCUAAACCGGUCUCCUGAAGAUUCUGUAUCUGCACAGGUCUUAUACCAGUUAGUUCAUGCGGCAGGGAAGUCAGCCUCUCAAGCAUAUAGCCUUGCCUCGGCCGAGAAGGUAGCAAUGGAGUUAGAAGCAGAGGAUCCAGACAGUUUGAACUUUUCUCUGAAUAUCCUUGUUAUUGGUAAAACUGGAGUUGGUAAGAGUUCUACAAUAAACUCUAUCUUUGGUGAAGCCAAAGCAAUAGUAGAUGCAUUUGUGCCUGCAACUACAAAUGUGAAGGAGAUAAUUGGACAACUGAAUGGAGUUACAUUGAACAUCUUAGAUACUCCUGGUCUCAGUUCUUCCCUGCCGGAACAAUCCAUUAACCGUAGAACUUUGCUGUCCAUAAAGAAAUAUAUGAAGAAACGCAGUCCUGAUGUAGUCCUUUAUGUUGACCGCAUUGACACACAAUCUAGAGAUCUUGGUGAUGUACCAUUAUUGAAGUCCGUCAGUAAUUAUCUUGGUCCAUCAAUAUGGCGUAAUGCCAUAGUUACCCUUACACAUGCUGCUUCAAGUCCUCCAGAUGGACCCGCGGGGUAUCCUGUAAGCUAUGAAUUAUUUGUUGCUCAGCGCUCACGUAUCAUUAAACAGUUAAUUAAUCACUCCAUUGGUGAUUCACACACGAUGGAUGCUGGGUUGACGAGCCGUCCAUUUUCACUUGUUGAAAACCACCCACUCAGUCCAAAGAAUGAAAAAGGAGAAAUAUUGCUCCCAAAUGGAGAAAACUGGAGAUCACAGCUACUGCUUUUGUGUUACUCGAUGAAGAUUUUGUCAGAGGUAGAUUCUAUCAUGAAAGAUCAGGAUUUUCCUGACCACAGAAAGCUUUUUGGCUUCCGCAUGCGUUCACUUCCUUUACCUUACUUUUUAUCUUCACUGUUACAAUCAAAUGUUCAUCCUAAAAUGUCUAGCAAUCAAGGUGGUGACGAUAUGGACUCAGACAUUGAGCUGGAAUAUACAUCUGAUACCGACCAAGAAGUUGAAGAAGAGUAUGAUAACCUUCCACCUUUCAGACCUUUGAGGAAAUCUCAGAUUGCAAAGCUAAGCAAGGAGCAAAAGAGAGCAUAUUUUGACGAGUAUGAUUACCGUGUGAAGCUACUUCAGAAGAAGCAAUGGAGGGAGGAGUUAAAAAGGCUUAGGGACAGGAAGAAGAAAGGCAAAACAGAGAUAGGUGAUUACAUGGAAGAAGGUGCUGACCAGGAAACAGGGAGCGUGGCAGGAGUAGCAAUCCCAUUACCUGACAUGGCGCUCCCAUAUUCUUUUGAUGGGGACAAUCCGGCUUAUAGAUACCGGUCUUUAGAACCUUCGUCUCAACUUCUUGCUAGGCCUGUUAUGGACUCCCAGGGCUGGGACCACGAUUGUGGAUAUGAUGGCGUGAGCAUUGAGGAUCACCUCGCCAUUGCAGGUCAGUUUCCUGCAGUAAUAGCUCUUCAGCUCACAAAAGACAAGAAAGAGUUCAACAUCCACUUGGAUUCAUCUGUUUCAGCAAAGACUUGGGAGAAAGGAUCAACUAUGGUGGGGUUCGAUAUUCAAACUGUAGGAAAGCAACUUGCCUACAUUUUGAAGGGAGAAACAAAAGUGAAAAAUCUGAAAACAAAUAAAACAGCUGCGGGGGUAUCCGUUACUUUAUUGGACGAUAAUUUGGUGACCGGGUUGAAGUUGGAGGACCAGUUCGCCAUUGGUAAGCAGUUAGUUGUGGUGGGAAGUACGGGCACCAUCAGGUCUCAGGGUAAUUCAGCGUAUGGAGCUAACUUAGAGUUGCGUCUGAGAGAGAAAGAUUACCCCGUCGGCCAGGACCAAAGUUCACUUGGCCUUUCUUUGAUGAAAUGGAGAAAUGACAUCAUAUGGGGAUGCAACUUGCAAUCUCAGUUCUCCAUAGGAAGGAAUUCCAAGAUGGCUGUUAGGGCUGGAUUAAACAGCAAAAAAAGCGGGCAAAUAACAGUUAGGACAAGCACCUCAGAUCAGCAACAGAUUUCUAUUUUAGGACUUCUGCCAAUUGCUAUAGCGACAGUGAGGGCGCUCUUCCCGCAGACAAGUGAAAAUAACUUAAUAUAGUUGUUGUAUCUUAGACGAAGUGCCAGUUUGCACCUCAACUUUUUAAUGUUUUUAGUGCCAGUUUUCUUCUAUUUUGUCCAAGCCAUUCUCAGAAGUUAUUAGUACAAUUGUGGUACUUGUCAUCAUAUAUUAUGAGUUCUUUUUGGUUCAUUCAA